AUGGCCACCUCCGAAAUAUCCUUCGAUACCUCCCAACCCACAAACCCUCAAUCCGAGUCCUCGACCUCCACACUCCCAGUAAUCAACAUCGGCACCCGACGCUCCCUACUCGCCCUCAAGCAGACCGAUAUUGUCGAGGCGGCGCUCAAGAAAGCAUGGCCGGACCGCGACUACACAAUCCACGCGAUGGCGACGAUGGGGGACAAGAAUCAGGUUACGCCGCUGCAUGAGAUGGGGGCGAAGGCGCUGUGGACCCAUGAGCUGGAAGCGUUGCUUUUGGAGGGAAAGCUAGAUUUGGUGGUGCAUAGUUUGAAGGACAUGCCAACCCAACUCCCCGCCUCCCUCUCCAUCGGCGCAAUCUUCCCCCGCGAAGAUCCCCGCGACGCCCUUGUCAUGCGCCCCUCCCUCUUACCCUCUCCAUUCACCCCCAAACCCUCCCACGACCUCCUCUCCUCCCUCCCUCCCGGCUCCAUAAUCGGCACCUCCUCCGUGCGCCGCUCCGCCCAACUCGUCGGGCUGUACCCCCAUCUCACCUUCGCCUCCGUCCGCGGGAACGUCGGGACGCGCCUCUCCAAGCUCGACGCCCCUGACUCCCCGUACUCGGCCCUGAUCCUUGCGGCCGCGGGCCUGCUGCGGCUAGGCUUAGGCGAGCGUAUCACGGCGCUGUUGUCGAGUCGGGAGGGCGGGAUUCUGCAUGCGGUCGGCCAGGGCGCGCUAGGUAUUGAGAUCAGGGAAAAGGAUGGAGAUAUCAGGGAGAUUUUGGGGAAGGUGGGGUGUGAGAGGACGACGAGGAUGUGUUUGGCGGAGAGAAGUUUGAUGAGGACGCUAGAGGGAGGGUGUUCGGUGCCAAUUGGGGUGGAGACGGAGUGGGUUGAUGGGGCGAGGGGCACGAGGGACGGAGAAGUGGCGGCGGUGGAUGGGGCUGCGCAAGACCAGCAACAGAGUACCAGUACGGUAGAAGGGCAAGAAAACGGGACUGAGGUAGUAAGUGGGCAGAACGACGACACGGCCUCUGGCACCCUGACCUUCCGCGCCAUCGUAGUCAGUCUUGACGGCAAGGAAGCCGCCCAAGCGGAGAUGACGCGCCGGAUAGCAAGUCGAGAGGACGCGGACCAGUUUGGGUGGGACAUGGCUAGGCUGCUGGUGGAACGGGGCGCGGAUAAGAUACUCGAGAAGAUCAAUCUUAACAGGGACAUCAUCCACGGGCAGGGCGAUGCAUGA